AUGUUGCUCGGGAGGAUGGCAUACAGGCUACCCUUACUAUGCCUCGCGACAUUAACGACACUUCCCGCCAUUGCUGCUGUUCAGACGACUAAUAUAUCCUUCGAGAUCCUCAACUUCGUGCCGACUUGCGCCCAGAAAUGCUUCGAAUCUUUCAUCUCAGUCAAUUUCGACUCAGGAAUAUGCGGCAACUCCCCCUCCUUGCAAUGCCUGUGCCGGCAGCGUGGGAUCUCAGGGUAUACCAUAGGGGAAGGUGCGGCGUCGUGCCUGGGGGGCGAAAGGAUGUUUGGCGCUUGCCAAGGGCAGGACGGCAUCAGCGACGCAACCUUGACUGCCUACAACAUGUGCGUGGGGGUGUCAGGGGCAAAACCAAUGACUCACUCAGCUCUCAUGGUUACCCUUAUUCGUCCGUCAACUGGGACAGCACCCCUUCUCGUCCCGACGGCAAUCCGGACGGCGACACCCACCGGGACAGAGACGGAAACGACACCCACGCCCACAUCGACUGUCAACCUCGGACCAGGUGACGAGUCGAGUUCAAUCACCACAACGGCUGCGCCAACAAGCGCUACAUCCGCUCCUACACAGACUGCAACAGCAAGCCCAGAGACUCCAAAGAGCCAACCCCAGCUCAGCAAAAGCCAAGUUGCGGGCAUCGCACUCGGGUGUGCAGCUGUCCUGGUCUUCGGUAUUCUGCUGGUGGUACUAGCGAGGUGUAUCCGGAAGAGGAGGUUCGGUGACCUGGAAGCUGGCUUCUCUAGGAUGAGAGAUUCGAUGAGCUUUGGGAAGAAAAGUCGUUGCGGCAGUCACCCGGGUCCGCUUCAAAUUUCCAGCCCAUUACCCCGAGCCCACGUCGAUCGAGACCCUCUAUAUCCGCAUUGGCAGCCGCAAAUUCCAGGGAGGCUAGGCGGUGUGGGCCUUGCCAUCUCUCCCCCCGUCGCUCGAGGGGGAGUGUUUGUUAAACCGACUCCGGCCCUGGCUUCAGUCCUGUCUGCCCCUUCACGGCCGACUCCUGCAGCUGACCCAGUUCCGGUCCCGGCUCCUGUACCAGCUCCACCGCCGCGUAGCGUACCCAAGGUUGUUCGCGACCCUGCACCGAAACCCAAAGCACCAUCAGCGGAGCGGAGUCCGCCAAAGCCAGCCUUGGCACUCGCCAUACCACAAGGGCAGGAUAGGGCAGUCCGCUUGCCGGCUAACGCACGGGAUAGCGUGGUAACCGAGUUUGCCGAGGAUGGAGAGGGCGACAUUGCCCCGGGGACAGCCGUCUGGCGGCCGCCAGCUACGGAUCCGCAGUCGGCGACAACAACGUAUUUCGCUGACCGGGGGGGUAAUUGGAUCCUUCGGAACACGUCGGCUCGGAAGCCGGAGGCGGGGACGUCCAGAAGAGUGUCGGGACCUGUAAGACCGGCUGUUCAGGAGGUUGUCGCAGCACCGGUUGAGUUCGAGCUACCGAGCCCAGACCACAAGACAAGGGCAGAAAGGGCCAAGGACGCGUAUGGGGGGUUUUCGCCUGACGCCGUGGUCUCGCCGCUAAGGCUUCCCCGGAAACCGGGACCAAGAAGGUUGGGUUCACCCAUUGCAUUUAAGGAUCAGCGUCGGGAACCACAACUUUCGAGCUCUGGCCUCUCUGCUAGGUUGUCUCAGUCGGCGGAGACCAUCCAGAGCGAACUAGCGCAAACCAAGAGCCGAGCUCCGGAUGUCUAUUUCACUAUGAUACGAGAGAGCAGGGACUUGACCGGUGGGAGAAGCAGGCGACGCUCGACCAGGAGAGCAAGCCGCAGGGUGUCGGCAGAAUCGGCAACAUCUAUCGAAUCUGCUGCUGACGGCGAGGAUGUCAUUGAAGACGAACCGCAAGUGGACCUAUCACCGGUGGCCGAGUCGCCCCAUACACCAAUGUCUCAAGGCAAGUCGCCUGUCGAAUAUUCAAAGAUACGCAAGCAAAACGCUGGAAAGCAACCGGUUCCCGCGCUCAAGGCGCCAGAAGCCGACUUGCUCUCUCCCGGGCACCGGUACAACGUCUGGCACCCUCCAGGACGUUCCAGCCCUACAGGGUCAGGUUCAUUCGCCGAUUCCAGGACGGCCGCCCCGGCCAACCCUCGGUCGAACGGACCCGUAAGACCGUGGAACGCUCCAGACCUGAAACCGCGCAACCCGGGCCAGCUACGAACGGGAUCUCCCGAAACACGGCGCGGCCUAGCAUCAACAUCAAUACCCCCUAUCGAAAACCAAUACUGGCAGCGACAACGGAAGGUCGUAAACCCAGCAUCAUACUGGAACCAGCCUUCAACCGCGCAGCCGUCGACCACGCGAGCGAGGGCCCCACCACCACCGCCGACACCGCCGACACCCCCGUACGAACAACCCGCCGGUGGUGGGAAUGGAAACACCCGGCCCCGACGGUACGACACGCCUCCGCAGCAGCAGCCGUAUCGACGCCCGAUACCACGACUGCCGACAGACCCGCGACAGCUGCUGCCCACACCAGCCGAUACUCCGCAGCCGCAGCCGCAGCCGCCACCAAAGCCGCAGCAGCAGCAGUCACAUACCCCGGGCCCGGCAGCGGGCGAUACCUCGAGCCAGAGCUCGCUCCUGGCCAAGCGCCGCGGCGUGGACAAAGCUGCGGCGCUAAGUCUUGCGUAUGCCAGUGGUGGUGGCAAGGGUAAUGGUGGUGGUGGUGGUGGUGGUGGUGGUGAAAAGAAAGGACGAAAGGGUAAAGGCGGGUGGACCAAGGAAGAGUAUGGACCGGUGCCGAUCACGCCUGGGUGGGUGCCUGAGUUGACGCCGACGAGGAGUGGAGAGGAUCUUUACUUGAAUGUGCGGUAG